AUGGUCCCCUGCUGGAACCAUGGCAACAUCACCCGCUCCAAGGCGGAGGAGCUGCUCUCCAGGACGGGCAAGGAUGGCAGCUUCCUCGUGCGCGCCAGCGAGUCCAUCUCCCGGGCCUACGCGCUCUGCGUGCUGUAUCGGAAUUGCGUUUACACUUACAGGAUUCUGCCCAAUGAAGAUGAUAAAUUCACUGUUCAGGCAUCUGAAGGGGUCCCCAUGAGGUUCUUCACCAAGCUGGACCAGCUCAUCGAGUUCUACAAGAAGGAAAACAUGGGUCUGGUCACCCACCUGCAGUAUCCUGUGCCACUGGAGGAAGAGGACACCGGCGAUGAGCCGGAGGAGGAGACGGAAGGUGUUCCAUCUCCGCCUGAACUGCCACCGCGAAACAUCCCUUUAUCUGUCGGGCCAUGUGAGGCCAAGGAGGUGUCCGCCAUGAGUGAAAAUCCGAGAGCCACGGAGGUCAGUCGGCCAAGCCUCUCGGAGACCUUGUUUCAACGACUACAGAGCAUGGACACCAGUGGGCUUCCAGAAGAGCAUCUGAAAGCCAUCCAGGAUUAUUUAAGCACUCAGCUCACCCUGGAUGCUGAUUUUGUGAAGACGGGCUCCAGCAGUCUCCCUCAUCUGAAGAAACUGACCGUGCUGCUGUGCAAGGAACUCUAUGGAGAAGUCAUCCGGACCCUUCCCUCCCUGGAGUCUCUGCAGAGGUUGUUUGACCAGCAGCUCUCCCCGGGCCUCCGCCCACGGCCUCAGGUGCCUGGUGAGGCCAAUCCAAUCAACAUGGUGACCAAGCUCAGCCAACUGACAAGUCUACUGUCCUCUAUUGAAGAUAAGGUCAAGGCCUUGCUACAUGAGGGACACGAGUCUCCCCACCGGCGUUCUCUCAUCCCUCCAGUCACCUUUGAGGUGAAGUCAGAGUCUCUGGCACUUCCUCAGAAGUUGCAGCUCAAAGUCGAUGUUGAGACUGGGAAACUGAUCAUUAAAAAGUCCAAGGAUGGUUCUGAGGACAAGUUCUACAGUCACAAGAAAAUCCUGCAGCUCAUCAAGUCUCAGAAGUUUCUGAACAAGUUGGUGAUUUUGGUAGAAACAGAGAAGGAGAAGACCCUGCGGAAGGAAUAUGUUUUUGCUGAUUCCAAAAAGAGAGAAGGCUUCUGCCAGCUCCUGCAGCAGAUGAAGAACAAGCACUCGGAGCAGCCUGAGCCCGACAUGAUCACCAUCUUCAUCGGCACCUGGAACAUGGGUAACGCCCCCCCUCCCAAGAAGAUCACGUCCUGGUUUCUCUCCAAGGGGCAGGGGAAGACGCGGGAUGACUCUGCUGAUUACAUCCCCCACGACAUCUAUGUGAUUGGCACCCAGGAGGACCCUCUGGGGGAGAAGGAGUGGCUAGAGAUACUCAGAAACUCCCUGCAAGAAAUCACCAGCAUGUCUUUUAAAAUGAUCGCUAUCCACACCCUCUGGAACAUUCGCAUUGUGGUGCUGGCCAAGCCUGAGCAUGAGAACCGGAUCAGCCACAUCUGCACCGACAACGUGAAGACAGGCAUCGCCAACACUCUGGGGAACAAGGGAGCCGUGGGGGUGUCAUUCAUGUUCAACGGAACCUCCUUGGGGUUUGUCAACAGCCACUUGACUUCCGGGAGCGAGAAGAAACUCAGGCGAAACCAAAACUAUACAAACAUUCUCCGGUUUCUGGCUCUGGGAGACAAGAAACUGAGUCCCUUUAACAUCACUCACCGCUUCACCCAUCUCUUCUGGCUCGGGGACCUCAACUACCGUGUGGAGCUGCCCACCUCGGAGGCAGAAACCAUUAUCCAGAAGAUUAGGCAGCAGCAGUACGCAGACCUCCUAUCCCACGACCAGCUGCUCAUGGAGAGGAAGGAGCAGAAGGUUUUCUUGCACUUCGAGGAGGAAGAAAUCACGUUCGCGCCCACCUACCGUUUUGAAAGACUGACUCGGGACAAAUAUGCCUACACUAAGCAGAAAGCCACGGGGAUGAAAUACAACUUGCCUUCCUGGUGUGACCGAGUCCUCUGGAAGUCGUACCCCCUGGUGCAUGUGGUGUGUCAGUCCUAUGGCAGCACCAGUGAUAUUAUGACAAGUGACCACAGCCCUGUUUUUGCCACAUUUGAGGCAGGAGUCACCUCCCAGUUUGUUUCCAAAAAUGGCCCCGGGACUGUCGACAGCCAAGGGCAGAUCGAGUUUCUCAGAUGCUUUGCCACCCUGAAGACCAAGUCCCAGACCAAAUUCUACCUGGAGUUCCACUCGAGCUGUUUAGAGAGUUUUGUCAAGAGUCAGGAAGGAGAAAAUGAAGAAGGAAGCGAAGGGGAGUUGGUGGUGAGGUUUGGUGAGACCCUUCCAAAGCUGAAGCCCAUUAUCUCCGACCCCGAGUACCUGCUGGACCAGCACAUCCUGAUUAGCAUUAAAUCCUCCGACAGUGACGAAUCCUAUGGUGAGGGCUGCAUUGCUCUGCGGUUAGAGGCCACCGAAACACAGCUCCCCAUCUACACGCCUCUCACCCACCAUGGAGAGAUGACAGGUCACUUCCGGGGGGAGAUCAAGCUGCAAACCUCCCAGGGCAAGAUGAGAGAGAAGCUAUACGACUUUGUGAAGACGGAGCGGGAUGAGUCCAGCGGGCCCAAGUGUCUGAAGAGCCUCACCAGCCACGACCCCAUGAAGCAGUGGGAACCUGCUUCCAGGGUCCCUCUCUGCAGUGGCUCCAGCAUCACAGAAAUCAUCAACCCCAAUUACAUGGGGGUGGGGUCCUUUGGGUACAUAAAACAGACCCUGUCCCCUGACCAGCAGCCCUCAGCCUGGAGCUAUGACCAGCCACUGAAGGACUCCUCCCUGGGAUCUGGAAGGGGAGAGGCCCCUCCAACACCACCCUCCCAACCGCCCAUAUCACCCAAGAAAUUUUCAUCCUCCACGGCAACCCGGAGCUCCUGCCCCAGGACACAAGAGUCAAGGUCCAGUGACGUGGGGAAGAACACAGUGGAGCCUUUGCCUCAGGAGGACCCCAAGCUGACCAAGCCUGAGAUGUUUGAGAACCCACUCUAUGGAUCUGUGAGUUCUUUCUCCAAGCUGGUUCCCAGGAAAGAGCAGGAAUCUCCCAAAAUGCUGAAGAAGGAGCUCCCGCCCUGCCCAGACCCAGGAAUCUUGUCUCCUAGCAUCCUGCUCUCCAAAGCCCCAGAGGCCGAGGGCAGCAAGGGGCCAGGCAAGCCGGUGGCUACACCUGCACCCACACCCAUCAUCACUCCCACGCCUCGGCUCCGCUCUUUCACUUGCUCAUCUUCUGCCGAGGGCCGGCAGGCCACAGGGGACAAGAGCCAGGGGAAGCCCAAGGCCCCUACCAGCUCCCCAGUCCCAGUGCCAGCCAAGAGGCCCAUCAAGCCUUCCAGGUCAGAGUUGAGCCAGCAGGCCCCGCCAACUCCGGCCCAGCGCCCUCCCCUCCCACUCAAGAGCCCAGCGGUCCUACACCUGCAGCACUCCAAGGACCGAGACUACCGUGAGAAUGCCGAGCUCCCCCGCCACAGCAAGCACCGGCCCGACGACACACCGCUCAGCAGGACUGCCAUGCAGUGA